GGAUCAGUGAUUAUUUUCUUCGAGGCAAAACAAUUACAUGCAAAUGGAAACAAAAGCCAAUUCACACGCAUAAAAGUCACAAUUUUUACCUUAUAAUAUUCCUACAACUUAAAAUAACAUAAAAAAAAAUGUCUUUAUCGAAACAUCACUAAAGAAAAAGAAAUCUCUCUAUAGUCUUUAUCUUAGUAUUUAAUUUCUCCAUCUUCCUUAUGAUCCAUUAUGCCCAAAGUCCUUCUUCUUCUUCUCUAUAAUUACUUCCACAAAUAGAAGAAGAAGAAGAAGAAGAAUAAUAUAGAAAAAAAGAGAGCUUCUCUUCUUAUUUCUUUCUCACAGGAAAUGGUGUUUGGUUGGAGAAAAGCGUUUUGCACUUCCGUUUCAAGUAAUCAAGAUAAACCUCAACAACAUUCAUCAUUACACACUACUGAUCCUCCAAUUCCCACACCAAGAUUCCGAUCAAAGUUUGGUUUUUUAUCCAACCCUUCAACUCCUCGUCUCCGAUCACGCGGCGGAAGCGGCACUGGAUGCCGCUCCUCAGCUUCCACAUCAGUCACUAUCCCAUCUCUUCCAACUAGUCCCAAACUCCAUUGCAGGACUACGAGCAAUGCUACUCCAAGGACUAGUAACAGCUCAAGUCCCAAGUUUUUCUCUAACCCUUCUUCUCCUAAAUCAUCAUCUUCUUCUUCCUCUCAAGGCGGCGGCGGCGUCUCUCUCCUCCGUGCCACGCUUCUUCUCAACAAGAGUAAUAGUAGUAGAUGUGCGAUUUGUUUGCAGAGAGUGAAUUCAAAUCAAAGCAACUCGACGGCGGCAAUUUUCACGGCGGAGUGUUCACAUUCGUUUCACCUUUCUUGCGUCAAUGGAUUAGAAGACAAGCGUUGUCCGUUUUGCUCUGCCGCAUGGAAUCACGCGCCAAAGUCGAAUUAUCCGGCUGUUAAUAAUAACUUCGGAUCCGACCCGAUUAGACGACCCGAGAUCCGAGAGAUCAAAACGGGGAAGUCACUGAGAGUGUACAACGACGAUGAGCCGUUAGCUUAUUCGCCGGUUUCUCUUGCUCAGAUCAACACUAUACAUGAAUCAGACGAAAACGACGACGUUGAAGAUGACGAUGACUUCCCCGGAUUCUUCCGAGAUUCUUCGAUUACGUCUGAUAUGGUUCCUUCAAUCUCAGGAAAUCUGGAGGUUAAGUUGCUGCCGGAAUCUGCCGUUGUGGAAACCGGGAAAAAGAAGGAGACACACGUCGUCAUCAUGAAACUAAAAGCGUCUCCGUCGCCGUCGUCCAUCACCGAUGCGAUUAAGGCGCGAAGACCAUCGAUAGAUCUGGUAACGGUUCUCGAUUUAAGCAACGGCGGUGCUAAUUUGCAAACGGUUAAACACGCGAUGAGAUCGGUGAUCUCUCUUCUCCGAGAAAUGGAUCGUUUAUCGAUCGUCGUUUUCUCGACGGGGUCAAAACGGUUAAUGCCGUUACGACGAAUGACGGCGAAAGGAAGACGAUCGGCGCGGCGAAUGGUCGACGCACUCGGCGGAAUGGAAACCACCGGCGGAGUUGGAAUGAGCGUUAACGACGCGUUGAAGAAAGCGGUUAAAGUCGUUGAAGAUCGGCGGGAGAAGAAUCCGUCAACGAGCAUCUUUGUUUUAUCGGACGGUCAAGAUCAACCGGAGGCAGUUUUGAAAGCUAAACUAAACGCAACGCGCAUUCCGUUCGUCGUGUCUACCACGCGUUUCUCUCGUCCGGAGAUCCCGGUUCAUUCCGUUUACAUUGCUUCUCCUGGAGCGUUGCUUCACGCGCCGCUACGAGACGCGUUCACCGAAAGAAUCGCUUCGUUGCUCAACGUGACUCUCCAUAACGUGAAGCUAAAUCUCAGUUUGGUCAACGGAUCUCAUUUGACUGAGAUUUCAUCGGUUUACUCUUUAACCGGUCGACUCGAGAAUUUCGGAUCCGGUUCUGUCAUCCAAGUCGGAGAUUUGUUUGCGGAGGAGGAGAGAGAGUUUCUCGUUGAGCUCAAAGUGCCGACUUCGUCGAGUGGUUCCCACCAAGUAAUGUCCGUACAGUCGUCGAUCGUUGACCAAAUGACACAUCAGCCAAUGACAUGUCCUAAAGAAAAACGAUUUUUGAUCCCACGGCCACAAUCCGUCAGAUAUGUAUCUUCAAGCAUCGAACGGCUGAGAAAUUUACACUCCAUGUGCCGCGCUGUAGCGGAUUCACGCCGGCUUAUCGAGCGUGAGGAUUUAUCCGGAGCGUAUCAGGUUCUAACGACGGCUCGGUCCAAUGCGUCUCAUUCGGAUGAUAGUUUAAGGAGUUUGGAGGUUGAGCUAAAUGAACUUAGCCGGAUUAAACCGAGAAAUAGUAUAUUAAACCGAACUGAAGAUAAACCGGAGCAGCUUACCCCUACUUCGGCUUGGAGAGCCGCCGAGAAAUUAGCUAAAGUGGCUAUUAUGAGGAAGCAUUUAAAUCGAGUCAGCGAUAUGCACGGCUUGGAAAACGCCAGAUUUUAAUUUUAAUUUCCCUUUUUUUCGAAAAUUCGAUUUCAAUGAUUUUUGAAUAUAUAAUGGUACAUAAUUUAUAUAAGGAGGAUAAGCAAUAAUUUAGUAAGGUAUAAAUAAUAGAAGUAUGAUUAUUCAGAAAAAGACCCACAUAGGUGCAUGAUAGCGACAAGCAGUAGCCGACGGGUGUGGCCUUUUGUAUUGCAGAGAGAUUGAGACCCUACAUUAGAAGGAAUUAAUUGGUCUUUUAGCAUUUUUAUCUUCUUCUUCCUUUUUGUAAUCUUCAAAAACUCCAAAUUAAUGACUGAAUAGUUAAAAAAAGUUGUAGAUCAAAUAAAUGAAGUCUGCUUUUUUUGUGUACUAUAUAGAAUUAAAAGUUGAGGUAUAGUGGAUUAGAGAGUGUGCUUGUAAUGCUGGACUUCAAAAUCAAAAGUUAAGUUUAUAUUAUCAUAUGCCGUUUAACUUAAGAGGAUCUAUA